AUGGCGCGCUUUCCGUCGGACAGCCGCUGCUCUGAGUCGCUGCUGGGCACCAGCGAAAGCCACUUUCAGUCUCCUUUGGUGCUCUUGGACCCAGUCCUCAACUCUGCCACUGGCAGAAUCGGGGAUCCGACCAAGGAGGAAGUCAACUGGCAGACCGGCGCCGAGGCGGCGCGCAGGGAAUCGGCGCGCGCCGCUGCCGCCUCCGCUCCUGAAACCAAAAAUGGAACUCGAGCGCAUUUUUUCCGCGUGUAG